GGAUUGUCCACAAUUCUUGAAAAUGAAAUAGCAAAUCAUCGUGAUAUUCCAUUUAUGGCUAUUAAGAAUAAAAGGUCAACAGAAAAGAUAAAUAGAACUUAUCGCUAUGUAUUGCAUCUUUAUAAACAUAUGAAAAAUAGAAAUGAGAGGAUUCCUGAUCCUGGUAAAUGGUUUAGCUAUGUAGUUAUCAAAGGCCCGCCCCUCUAUAAUGAACAGGAUAGAAAGAUACUACACAGAGUUGGAGAUUAUAUGGAGUAUAUGAAUAUAGCAAAAGAGUGA